AUGACCCUAACACUGUACCAAGUGAAAUUGAGUCCGCCAGUUUGCUCUGUCCUCAUGGUCAUCGAAGCGGCGAAUAUACCGGAUGUGAAAUGUAUCGAUGUAGACUUUCCAAAUGGUGACCAUCCCACGGAAGACUAUUUGAAACCGCCGGUCUUCUUUAGAGGUGCAAAGUCAAUUAAGCCAGAAGUGCUGGAAAAGAUUAAAGUAGCAUGUGCGCUUUCUGAAAAAUUCUUAACGGGUCCUUGGAUGGCGGGCGAAGAAAUAAUUUUAGCAGAUAUUUGCUGUAUUUCCUCCAUCAGUUCUUUGAAUGAGAUACCACCAAUCGAUGAAAAAUGUAAACAACCUCACUGCUUGGUUCAAUCGUUG